AUGCCCAAGUCCAAGAGACAACGUACCAAGCCGCUAACACAGGCCAAUAAAAAGGGUAGAGAGCUUAAGCAGAACGUUGUAGACUCGAUACGCAAUGCGGUGGACACGUACGAAUCUGCCUAUGUAUUCAGCUAUCAAAACAUGCGCACCAACCACUUUAAGAAUGUUCGUAUGGACUUUAAAGAUAGUCGUUUUUUCUUGGGCAAGAACAAGGUCAUGAAGCUUGCACUUGGACGAUCGAAGGAGGAAGAAUACGCCGAGAACCUUUACCGUCUCUCCAAGGAUGUCAGCGGUAACACCGGUCUGCUGUUCACAAACAAGCCACACAAGGAGGUCAUGGACUAUUUUGUCAAGCUCUCGGUUAGCGACCACCCGCGGUCGGGCUUCGUAGCCACAGAGACCGUCACAAUUCCCGAGGGACCGUUACCGCAGUUUAUUGGCAGUAUGAUGGAGUCGCUGCGUGGCCUGGGACUUCCUGUGGAUUUGAAGAAUGGCGCCAUCGUUCUCAGCCGAAACUACACCAUUUGUAAGUCCGGACAAACUUUAACACCGGAACAAGCCAAGCUACUUGUGCACUUUGACCAUAAGAUGGCCGAGUUCAAGCUCGUGAUGCUGAGUGUCUGGUCCAAGGACAAGUACGAGCGUCUUGCGACUGAAGACGCCGUUACCACAUGCGACGACGACACCGAAGAUGAGGAUAUGUAA